CACCACUCAAGAGACAAAAGAAAUACUUGAGAGUUAAGUACCAAAGCAAGAAAAAGAUAGAGAUGGAUUGGUUGUAUCCCAAAAGAAGGGGUCCAGAAUGGAAACAAGGUUGGACAAACGAGACACUAGCCUCAGUUUUAGUUCUACCGCUUCCAUUGCUGGCCAUAUUUGCCAUUGUUAUUUUGUUGCUGUCAUUGUCUCAAUACAAUAACUAUAAAGAACAGUUGGAGCAAUCUAGGAUCAAUUUGCAGCUAUUUUUCUAUCUAGUACCAGUCUUCUUGAUCUUCCUCAUGCGUUCAAGCUUGCUAAAUGGGGGAUUCAACUUCUGGGGUCCGUCGCAGCCUCGGCAUAACAACUCCGUUUAUAAAAGAAGCAGAGCAGAAUUUCCAUGGGGUGUCGCAAUCUUGGUGGUGGUGCUUAUAGUACUGGUUUCUUAUCAGUCCUCAUUUCAGUCCAAGUGGUUCCCUUUUAGUGGAUCUGAUUAGUUAUGUCUUCUCCAAGUUUUAGGUCAUAAAUCCCUUUUACAAGUGUUUGAAGGUGUAUCCAGGAUGAAUUUAAGGCGAGUUCUGGGAGUUUAAUGAAACUAUUGUAUACAACCAUUGCGUUGAUUGUAAUCUUUGAGUUGAAGGACCCGUACGUUUUUCCAUGA